UCCACCUCCUCUUUCCUCCUUCCUCCCUUUCCCUUGCUCUUCUUCUCUUGUCCAGAUCCCCUUCUGUCCCUUCCAUGGUUUCUCUCCUGGUGCUUUCUUCCCUGAAACCACACAUCAUCCUUUUUCUUGCAUGAAAUAAACCCUCAUCCCUUUCGCUUGCUCUCUGCCUGUAUCAGAGAUCAAAGUGAAGAGGAGAGAGAAAAGAGAGUGUGUCUAUGUGUGUGCGUGUUCAUGCCCUAGAACUAGAUCUUAGUCAUAUUAGCUGCUAAGGUUCCUUCUCUAGUUUGCUCUCGAGUUAUCUCAUGAUCAAGGAAAUCAAUCUCUCUUUUCUCUCUACUCUUUCUAAGAUAACUUGCAGGAGCUUCGGAAGCCAAGGUUAGUCCGUGGCAGUCUUGUCGCGAAGAGAAGCCCGAAGACACACAGAAGAAUAGAUCCAGAGACAUCCGUCUGCAGGGAGACAGAUCAGAAGUGGAAGGGGGAAAGAAUUAGGGUUUCACCCAGAGCACUAUGCCUGUGGGGAUCAUGAUACCAGCAAGACAAGCACCAUCCAUGAUCGGGAGGAACACCGGCACCGGCUAUGGCUCCUCGUCAGUGUUGUCGCUCAGCCAGCCAAACUUAUUAGAGGGGCAGCAAAUCCCACUUCAGUACCAGCAUCACAACCAGUUCAUGGAGAUCGCACCGACUACCACAGCGGAGAGCGAGAUGCCAAGGGCUCGCGAGGAGGACUUCGAAAGCAAGUCCGGAAGCGAGAACAUCGAGGUUGCUUCCGGUGAUGACCAGGACCAAAGCCAUCGCCCGCGCAAGAAGCGCUACCACCGCCACACACAGCAUCAGAUUCAAGAGCUGGAAGCCUUCUUCAAGGAAUGCCCUCACCCGGAUGACAAACAGAGAAAGGAGCUCAGCAGAGAGCUUGGGUUGGAGCCUCUCCAAGUCAAGUUCUGGUUUCAGAACAAGCGCACGCAGAUGAAGAAUCACCACGAGCGGAACGAGAACAGUCAGCUACGAACCGAGAAUGAUAAGCUCCGCGCCGAGAACCUGAGGUACAAGGAGGCGCUCACCAACGCGUCGUGCCCCAACUGUGGCGGACCUGCUGCUCUAGGAGAGAUGUCCUUCGACGAGCACCACCUCAGGAUCGAGAAUGCCCGGCUGAGAGAAGAAGUUGCUCUUCUUCAUCUCUAUCACAAGCUUUAUGAGGUUGGUGAUGGAGCUAAUUGCACUCUUCUUACCAUGCUUUCACAGAUCGAUCGGAUAUCAGGGAUAGCUGCCAAGUACGUGGGCAAGCCAGUGGUGUCGUACCCGCUGCCCUCUCCUGCCAUCUCUUCACGUUCGCCUUUGGAUGUUGGUGUGGGCGGCGAGAUGUUCGGAGUCGGGGUCUCGGGCCAGACUGACAUAGAAAAGCCAGUGGUCGUCGAGCUCGCGGUGGCCGCCAUGGAGGAGCUCAUCAGGAUGGCCCAGCUCGGCGAGCCACUGUGGAUUCCCGGUCCGGAUAACGCAACCGAGACCCUCAACGAAGAGGAGUACGUGAGGGCAUUACCGAGAGGCAUCGGGCCAAAGCCAUUUGGCCUGAACUCUGAGGCAUCUCGUGAGACUGCGGUGGUGAUCAUGAACCAGAUGAACGUUGUGGAGAUGCUCAUGGAUGUGAAUCAAUGGUCAAGUGUGUUCUCCAGCAUCGUGUCGAGGGCCAUGACGCUCCAAGUGCUAUCAACUGGAGUGGCAGGCAAUUACAAUGGAGCUCUGCAAGUGCUGUCAGCAGAAUUCCAAGUGCCAUCUCCACUUGUUCCAACUCGAGAGAGCUUGUUCGUGAGGUACUGCAAGCAACACCCUGACGGAACCUGGGCGGUGGUCGAUGUUUCCUUGGACAGCUUACGCCCCAGCCCCGUGUUGAGAUGCCGACGACGGCCAUCCGGCUGCCUCAUCCAAGAACUGCCCAAUGGCUACUCCAAGGUUACUUGGGUGGAGCAUGUUGAAGUGGAUGAUAGGUCUGUUCAUAAUCUAUACAAGCCCUUGGUCAACUCAGGCCUGGCAUUUGGCGCAAAGAGGUGGGUGGGGACUUUGAACAGGCAAUGCGAGCGCCUAGCUAGCGUGAUGGCCAGUAACAUACCCUCAGGAGACAUCGGUGUGAUAACCACUCCAGAAGGCAGGAAGAGCAUGUUGAAGCUGGCCGAGAGGAUGGUCAUCAGCUUCUGCGGCGGCGUGAGUGCUUCAACUACGCAUCAAUGGACGACUUUGUCUGGAAGUGGUGCGGAGGACGUCAGGGUGAUGACCAGGAAGAGCGUGGACGAUCCCGGUAGGCCUCCUGGUAUCGUCCUCAACGCAGCCACGUCCUUCUGGCUUCCCGUCCCACCGAAGAGGGUGUUCGAUUUCCUCCGUGAUGAGAGCUCUCGUAGUGAGUGGGACAUCCUCUCUAAUGGUGGUGUGGUUCAAGAGAUGGCUCACAUCGCUAAUGGCCAAGAUCACGGAAAUUGCGUCUCUCUGCUGCGCGUCAACGUAAGAAACAGCACAAACUCCAACCAGAGCAACAUGCUGAUACUGCAAGAGAGCUGCACGGACGCCACGGGCUCGUACGUGAUCUACGCCCCCGUGGACGUGAUCGCCAUGAACGUGGUGCUCAACGGCGGCGACCCCGACUACGUGGCCCUCCUGCCGUCCGGGUUCUCCAUCCUCCCCGACGGGCCGACCGGAGGAGGACCAGGCGGCGGGAGGAUCAAUGGGGGGGAGGAGGGGGGUGGAUCCGGCGGUUCCCUCUUGACGGUCGCGUUCCAGAUCCUGGUCGACUCUGUGCCUACGGCCAAGCUCUCGCUCGGCUCGGUGGCCACGGUCAACAGCCUCAUUGCUUGCACCGUCGAACGAAUCAAGGCUUCAGUUGCAGGCGAAGUUGCCCGCUGAGAUCGGUAGUGUGACUCUGCUUGUCCCCAUGCUUUUCUUCUUCUUCCGCGCUGCUGUUUGUUGUAUCUCAUCUGCGUAGUGGUGGGGUUUGGAGGCGUCCGUCAUCUGUGGAAGUCAAGAACGCACCUCGUGCUUCCCUUGCCGGGUGGUGGCGGUGGUGGUGGUGGUGUUCCGUUGACUCUGGAAACAAGUCAACAGCAGGCACUCUCCGCCGCCGCCGCGCAAGGAGGGGUUGGUUCGGGCAUUGACUUCCUCUCGUUUCAGCGUGUUGCAGGAACCACCGGCUCUCUUCCUCUCUCUCGUGCUCGCUAAGUUGUGUUUCCUCUCUUCCCUGGAACAGACACAUACUCCCAUCGCCUCUCACCAUUCAAUUCCAAUCCUCCCCAUGUUGUGUUGUUUGGUGUUGACUAUAUGUUGAGCUUAUUUUAGUCUAUGUUCCUUUUGCUUUCA